AUGCGUCUCUUAUGGGCUCUUCCUUUAUCCUCUGCGCUGCCAGCGUGGGCAGCCACCAGCGGAGAGUUCAGUGUCUUGUCGUUCAAUGUGGCCGGUCUCCCCGCAGUUUUCAACACUAAUGGUGUUUCCGGCAGUAAGACAACAAAUACUGAAUUCCUUGGGUCGAAGUUUGCACAGUAUAAAUACGACGUGAUCCAGGUGCAGGAGGAUUUCAAUUACCACGCUUAUCUCUACAAAACCGACAACCAUCCGUAUCGUACGUCUACGUCAGGAGGUGCAGUAGUCGGUUCAGGACUCAACACGCUAUCAAAUUAUCCCUGGGUGGACCUUCGGCGCAUCAAAUGGGACACCUGCUCUGAUAUUGCAGACGCAGACUGUUUCACGCCCAAGGGCUUUACAGCUAUGCGCAUACAGGUGGAUGAGGGCGUCUACAUUGACUUCUACAAUGUCCAUGCCGAUGCAGGGAAUACCAAAGCUGACCUGAAUGCGAGAAAUUCUAACUUGCAGCAGGUUGCAAAUCACAUUGACAUUCAUUCCACAGGAAACGCUGUAAUCGUCACUGGAGACACAAACUCCCUCUAUGCUUCACCCGGUGAGAAAAUUCGCGUGUUCCAAGAUCAGAACUUGAUGAAGGACUCGUGGGUGGAACACAUAUUGAACGGCGCAGAGCCUCGAGAAGGCAGUCAACCCGAGAAAUGUGAUAACCCUACGAAAAAUGACACCUGUGAAGUGCUCGAUAAAAUUCUUUAUCGUGGUAGUCGCAUACUUGACUUGCAAUCCAUCCACUUCGCGUACGAGGAUAGCAAAUUCUUACGUGACGGAUCAAUUUUGUCAGACCAUAAUCCAAUUACCAGCAACUUUACCUGGUCCCUGUCCCCGUCUAUCCGGCAGACAAAUCUUUUUGGAGGGCCGCAUGGAAACUGGUUCAACGAUCUUCCCUUAACCCCGGAUUCUGCGACGGGUACUAACAAGCCAAAAAAAAUUUCCCUCCGUGGUGACGAGCGUUUGAUCGCGGUAGGUCUGGUUCUAGCAUCCGGCAAAAAAUAUAGCCACGGCGGCCCAGACGGAAAACUCCACGAACUUGUGCUAGCAGACAAUGAAUAUUGGACACGGGCCCAGUUGUGCCAGGGUAAGCACAAUGACCAUACUCGAGCCUUUUUCUUGUUGGCCACGACUAGUGCUGGGAACACCAUUAGCGCUGGCCAGGUGACCGAUGACUGCCGGGAAUUUCAGAUGAAAAAUGGAUGGCAGAUCGUGGGUUUCUAUGGCCAGGAUGGUGACGAGAUCGAUCAGUUGGGAUUUAUAACUGCACAAAUUUGA